UGGUGCCGGUGGAGGCGCAGGGCGAGGAGCGGGACCCGGCGGAGCGCGAUGCGCGGCGGCAGCAGCAGCAGCAGCAGCAGGAGGAGGAGGAGGAAGAGGACAACGGGGAGCGGGGCUCCAGGGGACACGUUUGUGCCUUGUAACACUGAAAGCCUCUUCUUGCAAGCCUGCUUGCUUGAAGAUUAAUCCCUUACUAGUAAGAAACAGGAUUUGAGGUCUUAAGCAAAGCUGGGAAGAGGUAACUGUCAGUUUGUUUCCAUUCCUGAUGCAUGAAGAAUCAGCAGAGAAGAAUGAUUUGAUUUACUUUAAUUAUGAAUGAGCAAGAUAAUGAAGAAAGUGGGCAAAAUCCAAAUUAAUGUUAAUUUGUUGCAGUAUAAAAGGAGACAUAGAUGCUUGCCAUACGGACUUGUUUGGACAAAAUUUGUUUGAAUACAAAGGCAAAUGGGACUACUUCUUGAAUGUGAACAGUAUGUGACAGGUCUGGUGUGGAACAGCGAGGAAGCAGUGAAUCUGGAAAGGAUUUAGGGGUCAGACUGGAAUAGAAGAGCAUGAUCUUGGUUUAAUGCUGUGGUAAAGAGCAUGAUCCUUGCAGCAGAAAGUGACAGCAUAAGCACUUGUGUAGUGAACACAAACUCAACUGGAUUCAAAAUUACAACAAAAAAAAUGAAAAUAAAAGCAAAAUAGUUCUCUUUGAACUCUGUAUUACUCCACCAACCCCUGCUGAAUAGUUUACAGUUCUGUUUGUGUGAAGAUCAGGAUUGGCAGGGGAUGGGAUUGCCAGGGAAAGUAGUCCAUUUAUUAAUAACGCGGAGAUGGACAGAGGAAAUAAGUAUGAAGGAAAGAAUAUGGCUCUCUUUGAGGAGGAAAUGGAUAGCAAUCCCAUGGUGUCAUCUCUUCUUAAUAAACUAGCAAACUAUACGAAUCUGACGCAAGGUGUGGUGGAACAUGAAGCAGAUGAAGACACCAAGCGAAAAGAAGUCAAGGUUCCACGAAUGGGCACUUUUAUUGGUGUGUACCUGCCCUGCUUGCAAAACAUCUUAGGAGUCAUUCUGUUCCUACGUUUGACAUGGAUUGUUGGAACAGCUGGAGUUCUCGAGUCUUUCAUCAUCGUGUUCAUGUGUUGUGCUUGUACUAUGCUAACUGCAAUUUCAAUGAGUGCAAUAGCAACAAACGGUGUCGUUCCAGGGACUUUGCCUGACUGCCAGGACUUUUCAAAUAAGUUGGAGAGUGUCCUGACAACUAUAUCAGCCAAUUCCCUCAGGAUCCUGGGAGGCAUGUCAUUGGACCCCAUGGACUUAAACCUGUUCAGUUUUAUCAGUUGGACCCCACCAGUCUCCAGUAGAUCAGGUGUUUCCAAGGGUCCCAAGGGUCACAUGACCAAAAUUUGGCCUUUUAGACCACAACAUCAGUCCUGCAACUGUGCUGGAGGUUCUUACUACAUGAUUUCAAGAUCUUUAGGACCAGAGUUUGGUGGAGCAGUGGGACUUUGUUUCUACUUGGGUACGACCUUUGCAGGAGCGAUGUACAUUCUUGGUACCAUUGAAAUUUUAUUGACUUACAUUUCUCCAAGUGCUGCUAUAUUUAAAGCAGAAGAUGGUGGUGAAGAAACAGAGGCUAUGCUGAAUAACAUGAGAGUUUAUGGAACAUGUAUUAUCAUUCUGAUGGCUGUAGUAGUUUUUGUGGGAGUCAAGUAUGUUAACAAGCUUGCACUGGUCUUCCUUGCCUGUGUGAUUUUAUCCAUCAUUGCCAUAUAUGCUGGAGUUAUUAAGACUGCUUUUGACCCACCUGACUUUCCCAUCUGUCUUCUUGGAAACCGUACAUUGUCAAAACGCAGCUUUGAUGUCUGUGCCAAAUUUACUGAAAGCAAUAAUGAAACAAAGACAACAACCUUGUGGCGCCUCUUCUGCAAUAGCUCUUUACAUAAUGCUACGUGUGAUGACUACUUUAGUCUCAAUAAUGUUACAGAAAUUCAAGGGAUUCCGGGAAUAAUGAGUGGAGUUUUAAUUGAUAAUUUGUGGAGUGCCUAUUCAGAAAAAGGAUCAAUAGUUGAGAAAAAAAAUCAGCCAUCAGUUUCUGGAUCAGAAGACGUAAAAAUUGGUGGACGCCCUUAUGUUUUUACAGACAUCAUGACCUACUUCACAAUGCUUGUAGGGAUUUAUUUUCCGUCUGUAACAGGUAUUAUGGCAGGUUCAAACAGAUCUGGCGAUCUUAAGGAUGCUCAGAAAUCUAUUCCUACUGGAACUAUUUUAGCUAUUUCAACUACUUCUUUUAUUUAUCUCUCUUGCAUAGUGCUGUUUGGUGCUUGUAUAGAAGGUGUGAUAUUAAGAGAUAAGUUUGGAGAAGCAGUUAAUGGAAAUCUAGUGGUUGGUACACUGGCCUGGCCUUCUCCAUGGGUUAUUGUGAUCGGUUCAUUCUUUUCAACAUGCGGUGCUGGUCUACAGAGUCUCACUGGUGCACCCCGUCUGUUGCAGGCCAUUGCAAGAGAUGGCAUUGUACCAUUUAUCCAAGUAUUUGGUCAUGGAAAAGCAAACGGAGAACCAACGUGGGCUCUGCUCCUCACUGCUGGUAUUUGUGAAAUAGGAAUUCUGAUAGCCUCUUUGGACAGUGUAGCACCAAUUCUUUCAAUGUUUUUCCUGAUGUGCUAUAUGUUUGUAAAUCUGGCUUGUGCAGUUCAGACGCUUUUACGGACUCCCAACUGGAGACCUCGUUUCAAGUAUUACCAUUGGACUCUUUCGUUCCUGGGGAUGAGUUUAUGUCUUGCCUUGAUGUUCAUUUGCUCCUGGUACUAUGCUUUGGUUGCCAUGUUAAUUGCAGGAUGUAUAUACAAAUACAUAGAAUAUAGAGGAGCAGAAAAAGAGUGGGGUGAUGGAAUACGCGGACUGUCUUUGAAUGCAGCUCGCUAUGCUUUGCUUCGUGUUGAAGAUGGUCCUCCUCACACCAAGAACUGGAGACCUCAACUUUUGGUCUUGUUAAAUUUGGAUUGUGAACAGUUGGUGAAACAUCCAAGAUUGCUUUCUUUCACCUCCCAGUUGAAGGCUGGUAAAGGGCUGACUAUUGUGGGAUCUGUGCUUCAAGGAACCUAUUUGGAUAAAUGUACAGAAACUCAGAAAGCUGAAGAGAAUGUUAAGGCCUUAAUGGGAGUAGAAAAGACUAAAGGAUUUUGCCAGAUUGUGGUAUCUCCUAGUUUCAGAGAUGGAAUAUCACAUUUGAUUCAGUCAGCUGGUCUAGGAGGAAUGAAACACAAUACAGUCUUGAUGGCAUGGCCACAGUCAUGGAAGCGGACAGAAAAUCAUUUCUCUUGGAAAAAUUUUGUUGACACUGUACGAGAAACAACAGCAGCUCAGCAGGCUUUAUUGGUGGCAAAGAACAUCGAUUUGUUUCCAACAAAUCAAGAACGUUUUACUGAAGGAAACAUAGAUGUGUGGUGGAUUGUUCAUGAUGGUGGUAUGCUGAUGUUACUGCCUUUUCUCCUUCGACAGCACAAGGUUUGGAGAAAAUGUAAAAUGCGUAUCUUCACUGUUGCUCAAAUGGAUGAUAAUAGCAUUCAAAUGAAGAAGGAUCUUCAGAUGUUCUUGUACCAUCUUCGCCUGAAUGCUGAAGUGGAAGUUGUUGAAAUGUUUGAAAAUGACAUUUCUGCAUUUACAUAUGAAAAGACACUUAUGAUGGAACAGCGAUCCCAGAUGCUAAAACAGAUGCAACUAUCAAAGAAUGAAAGGGAAAGAGAGGCUCAACUGAUCCAUGACAGAAACACAGCCUCGCACUCAACUCCAGCUGUCAAAGCAAGUGUGGCUGCUUCUGUGCCAGAAAAAGUGCAAAUGACCUGGACCAAAGAAAAGUUUGUAGCUGAAAAGCAUAAAAACAAAGACACAAAUGUGUCUGGUUUCAAAGAUAUUUUCAACAUGAAGCCAGAAUGGGGAAAUCUGAAUCAGUCAAAUGUAAGAAGAAUGCACACCGCUGUGAAGCUCAAUGGAGUGGUGCUUAAUAAAUCACAACAUGCUCAACUAGUUCUCCUGAAUAUGCCUGGACCUCCUAAAAACAGAAAAGGGGAUGAAAACUACAUGGAGUUUUUGGAAGUACUGACAGAAGGUCUGGACAGAGUUCUCCUAGUCCGAGGCAGUGGGCGUGAAGUGAUCACCAUUUAUUCUUAACCUGUUUUCUUCGUUUGUUUGUUUGUUUGUUUGUUUUGUUUUUGUUUUGUGAUUCUUGGGGCAGGGGGCAAAAUGUGCGACAUUAUUUGAUGUAAUUGGAGCGGCUUCAUUAAGAGCUCUAGUACAUUGCAAACAAUCAGCAAACUGAAUCUUCUGGUGAGGUGUUCUGUUUUUUUUUUUGUUUUUUUUUUUUUUACUAAAACAUUAUAUUUAAAUUAUAUUUUCAACAGAUUUAUGUUGAGAAUAUUUCUGUAGUGGAUUAAUAAAUGCUGCAUGGAUUAGGAUAUUUAUAUAUAGCAUAUUCUGACACCUGUUAAUCUGUGGUGAAGCAAGAAAUGGUAAUGCUAUUUUACUUUUAAACAUAACCGAAAUGUAAGCAACUUUUAUUGUUCUUAGUCUCUGCUCUGCUUCUAAAUAAAAGGGAGAAGUUGGCUUCCUCACUUACAAAGAUGCUGCUAUGUUGCUUCUGUUGGGAUUAGUUCAGGAAACUUAAUUCAGAGAUGUGUUUAAAAACAGUCAAAUUAGGAUGUUGUUAGGUAUUUUGAAGUAUUUCCCGGAGGUUCAUGAUUUGCCAUGCUUGCUUUAAAUAGUGUUUUUUCUAUUUAAAAUACUUCAGGAAAUAUAUGUAUACUUCAAAAUCUUCAGGUGACAGUAAUAGUAAAUUGUACAUCUUUUUUUUUUUUUUAAUGAGCUACACUAUACUGCAUAAUUAUACCAAACAGUCCAAUUCAUAGGAAGUCUAUGAUGCAGUAUCGCCACUUACUGGAAAAAAAAACUUAUAGCUAUUAGUAAGCCACAGCAAACUGAUCAAUGAUGUGUAUGUAGUCUCUUGUUUUCAGAUCUGUGUAUUUUGAGAAAUGUUGUAUGUACACACUGCUGUGAAAAUAAAAUCUCCUUUUCAGGAAAACAAAACCAAAA